AUGCGAGCUGCCUUCGCCUCAGCGUCGCCGCGCUCGCUCGCGGCCUCGGCGCUGCGCCGCACCGCGCCGCUGCACACCGAGGCCCGCAUCAAGGAGCUCGGCCUGACUCUGCCGGCGGCGGGGACACCAAAGGCGAACUACACCAUCGCCUGCUGGGAGAGCCCCACGCGCCUCUACCUCUCCGGACAUCUUCCGAUCAAGCCGGACGGCAGCAUGGCGACGGUUAAUCAUUAA